GUAGUUGGUCUCUAUUUCUCUUCCUCAUAAUUAAACGAAAAAUAAGGAACAUUGCAUCGGUGGUGAAGAAAGAGCGGUGGAAUUUAAUUCCUAUAUAUUCUCCCAUUUCGGAGAAAGCGGAUCUCGUAUCGUCGUCAACCCCAAUUACAAAAACCUCCGUCGGUCUCAGAUCAACGACAAUACCAACUCCAAUCAUGCCCAUCGACGGCAAAAGUUCUUUAUCUCGACUUGCUCCUUUGGAAGCUAUAUUGUUUGAUAUUGAUGGAACUCUGUGUGAUUCAGAUCCUUUUCAUUACGAAGCGUUUCGUGAAAUGCUUCUUGAGAUGGGAUAUAACAAUGGAGUUCCCAUAACCGAGGAAUUCUUUGCUGAGAAAAUUAGCGGAAAGCAUAAUGAUGAUAUUGGUCACUUCCUAUUUCCCGACUGGGAGCAUGAAAGGGCCAUGAAAUGGAUGGAAGACAAGGAAGUUACAUUCCGAAGGCUAGCUGCUGAGAAAUUGCAACCAGUAGAUGGUCUUCAGAAGCUAUGUAAAUGGGUCAAGGACCAAGGACUGAAGCAUGCAGCUGUGACCAACGCUCCAAGGGUCAACGCCGAGUUCAUGCUCACGAAACUGGGACUCGAUAAAUUCUUUCACGUCCUUGUUGUUGGGAGUGAAUGUGAGAGAGCCAAACCAUUUCCUGAGCCCUACAUGAAGGCACUUGAAGUUCUCAAGGCAUCCCCAGAGCACACCUUUGUCUUUGAGGAUUCUGUUUCUGGGAUAAAGGCUGGUGUUGCAGCUGGGAUGCCUGUAAUUGGUAUUACGACGAGAAAUCCAGGACAGUCACUGUUAGAUGCUGGUGCUACCUUCAUUAUUAAAGAUUAUGAAGACCCCAAGCUUUGGAAGGCAUUGAAAGAACUAGAAAAGAAAGAAACAUUGAUUAUGACUCCUUCUGAGGGAAAUGGAGAUUAUUAGUUGCUAUUGUUAACAAUUUAGAGGUCAUUGCAUUUCUUAUACUAGUUAAAGAGUAUUUUUGGAUUAUAUAUUUAUAUUGUAACACUGAAAUAAUAUUCUAUGACUGAUGACGACGACUAUAUCUUCGCACGUUUUUUU